ACAAAUUCCGGAUGGGGGGAAUCAAGUGGAGACUCUCCUGCAGCUGACGAGCAUCUCCAGGGCCAGGGAAGUUCCGAGAUGGUGGCAAUGAACAUGGCCAACGUGGAGCCAGGUGAUGGCCAUGAUAAAGACAGUGCUGGUGGUUAAAAUAGCGUUAAUAACAUUAUGGCCGAGCGGACAACUCCACUCGGUUUCCUCUCUUUUUCUAUCAUACACGCCUGAGCGUGGUAAAGUGCCUACGUCUUCGUGCCGUGCGAGGACGCCGUGGCCAGCAGCUCAGACCAUUCUGGCCAGCUUAUAUCAUCUCGUCACCCCCCUCCGAAGCUACCUGCGCUCCAUCCUUCUCUCAGAAUGGAUCGUGAAGCGCUGCGGCGGACGUGUCGCCGCUGCGCGUAUAGCCAGCAUCUCCUCCGAAACUAAAGAAGGAGACUGCGCAGCCAGGUAGUGAGGGGCGUGGCUUCACGCGGCCUGGC